AUGCCCUUCCCAUACAUCAAGCAGAGUUGCUGCCUGCUCGUUAUUGAGCUAUGCAUAGUGGUACAUGCUUCCGACAGAGACAUCUGUGGAUGUUUGGUGUGUGUAAUGGUCUCUACCGGUGGUCUUCUUGUACUCCGCAUUGUCGUUAUUGUUAAAAUGAACAAAACAACAAGAUCGGGUCGAAAUUGCGCAGUUGGGCAGCUGCUGAGCUCGAAGCGACGCGGUGGACACAGCUGUUUGAAUCGAGCGCAGGCGCUUAUGCGUAUGUACUUCAUGUGGUUUGGCCCUACUACACAAUGGGCGUGA